GACUAUGAUGUUGUGGAGGACCAUGAUAUUGUGGAGGACCAUGAUGUUGAGGAGGGCCAUAAUGUUGAGGAGGACCGUGAUGAUUAUUGAGAAAAUUUCGUUUCAACAAAUACCAUAAUCAGAAGAAUCAUAUUGUGAACUGAUCUUGUCUGGAAAUAUUGGCGCAGGCACAGCAUAGCCUGUUACUUCACCAUCAAACUCUUCAAUUCCAUGUAAGGAACAAAUUCUGGAUGCUGAAUUUUUUAUUUUUGCACUCUAAAAUCCUGUGGAAUUCAAAAAUCCGAAAAUCAAUUUUAAAAAAUUUUUCUCUGACUGGGUUUUAAUAUUGAAGCUGCAGAACUCUCCGAGGAAAAAUCUGUUAGCGCAAAAGCUGCAAAAUAAAAUUAUGUUUAAAGCCAUUAGCUCAUCUAUACAAUAGUGCACAUUUUUUUUGCGAUCUUUUGUACAUGACAACGACCAGUUAUGUUCGUGGGCGUUUACAUUUCAACAGGCAUGCGCAGGAUACACUACUAUCCAGACAGGUUUACUGAAAUAAUAGCAGCUACAAAUUCAACAAAAAAAAUGUCCAUGUUUUUGCAAAACUUGUGUUUUUGAUUAUUCUUCCAAAAAAAGAAUAACAGUGUAAACUGUAAACAUUUGAGUGAGGAAUAAAAAAAAUGAUGAUACUAGGGUAUGAGAAGAAAAAUGGUCAGGUAUAAGUGGGGAUGCGGGUGUGCGUUUGCUGAGAUUUCGAGGGCGAAGAUUCGACCAGCCUCUUUUGUGAUGAAGUAGAGGUGGGAAAAGAACAAUAUAGGGUUUGUAAGCUGUACUACGAACACGUGUUACCUGUCAGAGGAUUGGUACAAUAUUUUCAGUUAGGCAUUAGGGAAUUAGUAAUAGAUUAGCUGGUGAUGAGACCACAAACGAGAUUAACAUCUAUUUGAUGAAAAUCAUAGCAUUUAGUGAUUUUGCUUUUGUGUAAGACUUUGAUAGUCACUUAUUAUGCAUAAUUUGAUCUAGAUUAAUUGAAUUUAUAUGUACUGAUUGAAUUCAAUGCGUUAAUUUAAACAUGAAUUGUGAUAAAUGUCCUCGUGAAGUGGUUUAUAGUUCACAGGAUAUAGCUUAUAAAAUAGGUGAAAGUAUGAAAGAAGAUCUUGAAAUGUCGAAUCAAUCUUCAGAGCAUCCGGGUUACUGUGAUUCUAGUGAUAACAGUGUCAUUAAUGACCAAAGAACUAAUUCGCGAUUAAUUUCUUCUUCUAUACCAAGUGUUUUUUCUAUUGACAGUAUACUGGGCAGAAAAGAGGAUCGAAAGAGUGAGUCUGAAGCAGAAAUUAAUGAACAAUGUGAUGCUAAAAUGGUUAAAAGUGAUCAAGAGUGUAAGGAUCAAGGUAAUUUAGUACCUUUGGGCAUACCUACGAACUCUGCGACUUUGUUUUAUGAUCCCAGUGGUGGAAAUUAUCCAAGUGGAUUAACGUUUGAAGGAAUCGGAGACCCUGGAUAUUCUACAGCCUCAUUAGCAUCAGCAUCUCUUAUUUAUAGCAGCUGGUUUAGCCAAACAAAAACUAAUCAAUUAUUUGGGCUCCAAGCACCGAAACCAAAUGGCAGAAGAUCAAGAAAACCUGGAAUAGACCGAAAACCAAGGCAAGCUUAUAGUGCUAAACAACUAGAACGACUUGAAGCUGAAUUUAAGGUUGAUAAAUAUUUGAGUGUAAGCAAGCGCAUGGAAUUAUCGAAAACUUUGAGUUUAACUGAAGUUCAGAUAAAAACAUGGUUCCAAAAUAGGCGAACAAAAUGGAAAAAACAGCUAACAUCUCGACUGAAAAUCGCUCAAAGACAAGGUUUAUUUCCACCAGCUUAUCUAACACCUACACAAUACCCUUUGUUACCUUAUUACGCUUCGCCUUUAAUAUUCAAUCCAUCAUCUGACGAUAUCAUGCCAUCGUCAAUUUCUGUUAAUCAUUCUAUAUCUGCUGAAGAAAUGGUUUAGAUUAAUUUAAGAUAUGUCUUUGUCUAGUGAUAAUGAUAAUAAUUUAAUCAUUGAACUGCAUUUUAUGUAUGUUCAUAUUUUAUCAAAAAACUCAUCAGUACACUGUGAAAAAUUCCCAUUAAAUUUUAUUAUGGGUGCAUUGUAACCCCGGACCAUAAGAAAACUGGUACAAAAUUUACAAGUGUCCCAUAGUAAACAUAUGCGCAUAGGUCU